AUGGGCAGGAUCACUUUCUACGAGGAGAGGAACUUCCAGGGCCGGGCUUAUGAGUGCAGCAGCGACUGUUCCGACAUCAACACACACCUGAACCGUUGCAGCUCCUGUCGCGUGGACAAUGGCUGCUUCGUGGUCUACGAUCGGACCAACUUCAUGGGUAACCAGGUGUUUCUGAGGAGGGGCGAGUACUCCGACGUCCAGAGGAUGGGGAGCCAGAGUGGGAUGGGAGGAGGCAGCCAAAUGGACACCAUCCGCUCCUGUCGACUCAUUCCUAUGCACAGGGGCCCGUUCCGGAUGCGCGUUUACGAGCGUGAGAACUUUGGGGGGCAGAUGCACGAGUUGAUGGAGGACAGCGAGUCUCUCCAGGAGCGUUUCUACAUGUCCGACUGCCAGUCCUGCAACGUGAUGGAGGGCCACUGGCUGCUGUUCGAGCAGAGCAACUUCAGGGGACGCCAGAUGUACGUGCGCCCCGGGGAGUACCGCAACCUCCGCGACAUGGGAGCUGGCAACGUAAUGAGGAUCAACUCUGUCAAGCGCAUCAUGGACAACUGCUGA